ACAGAUUUGUGCUUUUAUGUUUUGUAAUGAUAAAAAAUUCCUAAUUUUUAAAAAUGUUUAUGCCGAGGUGUGACUUGUGAGAUUUCCCUAAGUCUUUGAACGCAUCUCGCAGGAAGUUCAAACUAACUAUCCGGUCACUCAACAACUUUUCUUAAGCUGCACACAAAUGCUCCUUUGUGUUCUCGGACUGUUCUUAACAUAAACUCCAAAGCCAAUAUGCUCCAAUACAAAGGGCUAAAAUGGAAACCGUGUUGUGCAGGCAGUUACACUUGUUUCUGGCGUUUGGGCGUAAGUUCAGUAAAUCCAAGGAGCGACUGAAUGCUGUGAGCGCGCGAGGCUUCCUCUGGGCCCAGGUGUCCUUCAUCAGGAGCAGCAGCUCAAGGUGUGGUGGUGAGCUCAUGGAGAAGCGAUCACCUUCAGGCAGAGCAGCUCUGGAGGAGAGAAAUGGCCUGGUGGAGGAGGGUGGCGUGCCGAGAGGGGCCGAGGGUGGAGACGUGGAUGCUCGGACGCCGAGGAAGAGCAGCUCCUCCCGCUCCUCCCGCAAGAGCUUCCGCUUGGACUACCGGCUGGAGGAGGAAGUAACAAAGUCCUGCCGGGACAAACAUGGCCGCUGGACCAACCCCUGGCCCACAUGGCGGUUCCCUUCCUACACCACCCUGCUCAGAUUCCUGUUACUGGAUAAAAACCACAGCAAUAUACCAACUAGUAAAGAGGCUCUGGACGCCGAGCUGCCAGUGAUGGAACCGUACUUCGUCCUCUCCCCGGACCUUUCUGACUCCGGUCCGGGUCUGAGGGUGACCUGGCUGGGUCACGCCACGGUUCUGGUUGAAAUGGACGGGCUCAAUAUUCUGACGGACCCGAUGUUUAGCCAGAGGGCCUCGCCGCUCCAGUUCAUGGGGCCCAAAAGGUACAGAGGUCCCCCGUGCACCGUGGAACAGCUGCCCAGGAUCGACGCUGUGGUCAUCAGUCAUUCUCAUUAUGACCAUCUGGAUGUUGGCUCCGUGGCCGGCCUCAAUGAACGCUUUGGAGGGGAGCUGCGCUGGUUUGUGCCCCUGGGUCUGAUGGACUGGCUGGUGAAGGCGGGCUGUGAGAAUGUGAUGGAGCUGGACUGGUGGGAGGAGAACUGCGUGCCGGGUCACGACGACGUUACCUUCGUCUGCACGCCUUCUCAGCACUGGAGCAAGCGCACGGCGCUGGACGAUAACAAGUCUCUUUGGGGCAGCUGGUCCAUCUUGGGUCCGGAGCAUCGAUUCUUUUUCGCUGGCGAUACGGGCUACUGCACUUGCUUCCACGAGAUCGGCCGGCGCUUCGGACCCUUCGACCUGGCGGCCAUCCCCAUCGGCGCGUACCUGCCCAGGGAUAUGAUGCAGGGGCAGCAUGUAGACCCAGAAGGGGCUGUUCAGAUUCACCAAGACCUUCAGGCCAAGCAGUCUGUGGCCAUUCACUGGGGAACCUUUGCGCUCGCUUAUGAGUACUACCUGGAGCCCCCGGUUCGUCUCAGAGAGGCCAUGGAGCAGAAGGGACUGAAGCCAGACUCCUUUUUCACUCUGCAUCACGGGGAGUCUCGCCUUGUAGCGUCCCAGGAGGGAGACGUGUUCGACUGACCCCCUCUGCAGCAUUUUAAGUGCUGAAAAGGUUUUAUGAAUGCUGGAUCUCCACCAUAAGAAUGUUUAUACAGUUAGUAUCUGUAGUAGAGCACAAAGAUUUUUUUUUAACAUAUUUAGAGACUGAUUUCCACACUUCAGGAAGCUUUGUUUCCUUUUACCAGAACACUGAUCAAUGUUCAACCACAAAGCAAAGAACUCUGCAUACUCAAGCUAUCGGUUGGUGUAAACAAUCUUGAGAAUAAAUUAAACUUAAUACAACAGUUUUUUUAGAUCAGUGUGAGCCAAUACCACCAUACAAAAAUGUAGUUUUCUGAAUGUUCACCCAUAACUACAUGAGAUGCAGAAUUCCCAACCACUGUAUAUUAAUGAAGAGCUGUAAGAUGAAGACUGAAGACGAGCUGGGUUCACCUUCAUGUCUUAAAUAGAACUUUUUAGGGUGAUUGUUUUCACUGCGUAGAACCUGAGUGAAAAGAUGCAUUUGCUUCAGAGCAAAAAUAUUCAUUCAAGUACUCACUGUUAAACGGAUGUUUUAUCCUCAAUGCUGAAUUAAUGUGGCUUGGACCUGAUUCAUUAAAUAUGAAUUGCAAUUCAAAUGUCCUUUCUUGCUGUCUAUAAACAUUUCAUACAGUAUGCAGCCUUAAGCACAGCUUCAGUCUACAAAGUGAAAGAAAUCACAGUAUUGCAUGUUGAGUCAAUUAUGUCAAAAGUCACAGUACAUGCAAGAUCAAAAUAUGUUAUUUAAAAAAAAAAAUCAUUCUUUACUUUACCCCUUUUCAACAUUGUACGUCCUUUUUGUGAAAGCUAAACUAUACAUUUAUUUUUUGCCUGAUUUAUUGAACAUUCAGUUCUUUCACGUUUUUGGACAUGCUAUUUCUAUGACCUUGAUUCACUUUUUUUUCAACACGCCAUACUAUGAAAUAAGUCAACAUCAUUUGCUUUGAGGUUUUCUUCUGCCACCUUAAGUUAGUUAGUGGUUUCACUCAUACCUGCUGACGAGGGGCUCCCGCACAUCCAAACACAAAUCGAU